UGCUUUUGCAACGCCUGUCCUGCUCCUUGCGAGUGCCACAGUGCCUGCCCCAUUCGCUUCUUCCUCACCCUCUCCCUCUGUUCACCCUGUCGCGGUUUCCUCCACGUUUGACAAUCUCUUUUCUCUGAUUCUCGUCGUCGUCAUCAGCAUCCAACUUCCACUUCCACUUACUCUUCCCUCCCACACCAUUUUUUGCUGUCUCAUUCUUUCAACCCUCUCCUAUUGUAUAUUGUCUCUCUCGACUAUUACCUACGCUCGUUUGCAUCCACUCGCAUUCACAUACCUCGCCCUACCAUCACCAUCCCUCGGGGCUGCCAUUUUUCACGCUAACCCCUGCCGCUCGCUUCCUCAAUCUCGACGCGCCCCUCUCGAAACCUCAAACACUUCCUGCCGGUGUCGAACGUCCACCCUUUCCUUUUCCACCUAAACUCUUUUUUCUUCCGUCAACAACUUUCGUUCGCAACACCAAAAGACGUCGACAACCUUCUGUUGGUGUUGGUCGUCUCAUCCGACCGGCCACAACACACAGUCUAUCUAGGUGUCGUUGUAUGCCAUCUUAAACGGAGACAAGAUGAGGCUACCUUCACCCCUGGUCCUCGCGCCGCUGGCCGGCAUCCUCUCCCUCACUCAUGCCCUCGAUCUCGACAUCGCCAGCGUCGACUCGGUCCGUUCAACUGCAUCUACUCUCGCUUAUGACAUGAUGACCUAUUAUUCUGGCAACCAGUCUGGUCAGGUUCCUGGACUCCUGCCAGGUCCCUGCCAGUCAGACGCAUGUUACUAUUGGUGGGAAGCCGGCGCCAUGUUCGGUUCCUUGAUUAAUUAUUGGGAAUACACACAGGAUGACAGCUAUAACCAUGUUGUUACUCAAGCGUUGCAGUUCCAGAUUGGCCCUGAUCAGAACUUCAAUCCCCCCAACCAAAGCAGGAACAUGGGUGUGGAUGAUCAAGAUUUCUGGGCCUUUGCCGCCAUGGAUGCCGCCGAGGCGAACCUGCCCGAUGUCGGUGGUGACGCCCCGUCUUGGCUCGCUCUCGCUCAAGCGGUGUACAACUUCCAAUCCGCACUCUGGGAUGCCGCCACUUGCGGCGGCGGUAUGCGAUGGCAAGUCUUUUCCUUCAACGCCGGUUACAAUCUCAAGAACACCAUUUCCAAUGGCGGCAACUUCCAGCUUGCUGCUCGACUGGCCCGUUAUACCGGCAACCAAACCUACGCAGACUGGGCGGAGAAGAUGUGGAACUGGAUCGAAGGCAGCCCUCUGUUCUAUCGACAGGACAAUAUCUUGUAUAUUUGGGACAACACGGACGCCGACAAGAACAACUGCUCUGAUGUUGAGCGGCAUGCCUGGAGCUACAACUAUGGAACCAUGUUGGUUGGAGCUGCCCACAUGUAUAACUUCACCGACGGCGCUGAACCGUGGAAUACCCGUGUCCAUGAGAUCCUCGAAGGCGCCUUUUUCUUGUUCUUCCCCCAAGAAUAUGGCGGCAACAUUAUGACCGAAUUUCAGUGUGAGCCCACGAGUAUCUGCAACAAUGACCAGAGCAGUUUCAAAGCUUAUCUAACGCGAUGGAUGGCCGUCACCGCUGUCCUCGUUCCAGACACCUGGGAUUUAAUCAUGCCUAAAUUACAAGCCAGUGCCCAGGGCGCCGUCAAGCAAUGCAUUGGAGGAGAGAAUGGAAGAAAGUGUGGUCGACAGUGGUAUUCAACCACCUGGGAUGGCAGUCAGGGUGUGGGUCAACAGAUGUGCGCUCUCGCCGUUGUCGGUGCCACACAAAUGAACCAAGCCCUCGUGCCUAAGAGCGCAGCGUCCGGUGGCACUUCCAAGAGUGACCCUGGAGCCGGCGGAGACGCCAGCACAGCGCCCGACAUUCAAUUUUCCGCCAUCACCACGGCGGAUAAGGCCGGAGCUGCAAUUCUUACCAUCUUGGUGGUGGUGGCACUGGUUGGUGGAGGCAUCUGGAUCAUUUUGUAAACCUGUUACCAGUUGUAUCCUGUUUUUGUUUGGCACGCAUGCCCAACUUGUUUGAGUUGGCCGAGUGGCUGCUUACGAUUGCGACAAGAUUUGGCAUAGGGAGGCGUACGGUACUAUUGAUGGCGGCUUCUGGUCAAAAUCAUCUUCAAUCGGGGAGGGGCAAAGAUAUGCAUCAUUUGCACAGAUCUGUCUGACUGUUAGUCUGAAGACCUCAUCUUGCAACAUAUAAAUUGUCGAAUGACAUUCAGAAUUGAUCGAAUAAUUUCGCCGCAUCAA